UGUGCCUGAUUUAAUUUUAAAAGAAACCUCUGAGAAGAGCGUAGAACAAUUUUUUCCCCCCGAGUGCCAUUUCCCAAAGGUACUCACAGAACAAUAAGGUGUGACUGUGAUGGCUGCACUGAGUUGUCUUUUGGACAGUGUUAGAAGGGACAUAAAGAAGGUGGACAGAGAAUUAAGACAAUUGCGAUGCAUCGACGAACUCAGCACACGAUGCCUGUGUGACCUCUACAUGCACCCGUACUGCUGCUGUGACUUGCACCCCUACCCAUACUGCCUGUGCUACUCCAAGCGGUCUCGCGCCUGCGGCCUGUGUGACCUCUACCCGUGUUGCCUGUGCGACUACAAGCUGUACUGCCUUCGCCCGUCCCUGCGCAGCCUGGAGAGGAAAGCCAUAAGAGCCAUCGAGGAUGAAAAGAGAGAGCUUGCCAAACUCAGAAGAACAACCAAUAGAAUUCUGGCUUCCUCUUGCUGCAGCAGCAACAUUUUAGGAUCAGUGAACGUGUGCGGCUUUGAACCUGAUCAAGUCAAAGUUCGAGUGAAGGACGGAAAGGUGUGCGUGUCGGCCGAGCGGGAGAACAGGUAUGACUGCCUCGGAUCGAAAAAGUACAGCUACAUGAACAUCUGCAAAGAGUUCAGCUUGCCGCCGUGUGUGGAUGAGAAAGACGUAACGUACUCCUACGGGCUGGGCAGUUGUGUCAAGAUCGAGUCUCCAUGCUACCCCUGCACGUCUCCCUGCAACCCCUGCAGCCCCUGCAACCCGUGCAACCCCUGCAACCCCUGCAACCCCUGCAGCCCCUGUAGCCCUUGUGACCCCUGCAAUCCCUGCUACCCCUGUGGAAGCCGAUUUUCCUGUAGGAAGAUGAUCUUGUAAAGUGUACAUUAAGAAACCAUGUCUUAGCCAAGUCAGGUACUCCAGCCAGGCAGCUCUUCCAGCAUUUCUCUUCCCCUUCCCAUGGCCCAUUUUGUAUAAGUACGUAGGAAGCUAAAUACAUAACUGCAAUC